AUGACACCCUCCGGCGCAGUGGACCAUGCUGCCACCCCAGCCGCGAGAAAGCAGCUCAAAUGGCAACAGGUGGGCCCCAAGCCUGGUCACAAAGGAGGAUGUCGCAGCAGCGGUGGCGGCAAAUGUCGGCGUACCCUGCGUGGACAUUGCAGCGGUCAAAAGCCUGAGGCCGUCUUAUGCUGGAACGCAAAUAGCGUUUGUGUGCUUGCCCCCCACUCAGGCAAAAGCCCUGCUGGCACCGGGGAAGAUCAAAGUCGGGUGGUCGAUCUGUCAGCUCCGGCAGCGGAUAUCUCAGAGGCGAUGCUACCGAUGUCUAGAGUUUGGACAUCUUGCAGCCGUGUGCAAAAGCACGGUGGAUCGCACCGGAUGCUGCCUCAGGUGUGGCGCAGAUGGGCACAAAGCAGCUACCUGCCAGAGCGACCCAAGCUGCUUCAUCUGCAUCGCCAACAAAGCCAAGGAGACGCAACAUUACGCGGGCAGCUCAAGAUGUCCAGCAGCCAAGGGAGGAUCCAGCAUGCCGCCCCAAAGAUGAAGCUAUUGCAGCUAAACCUAAACCACUGUGCUGCGGCUCAAGACCUCUUGAGCCAAACUGUAGCGGAGUUAAAGAUAGACCUCGCUGUCCUUAGCGAGCCAUACAAGGUCAGGGAGUCGGCUGACUUUAUUCUAGAUUUUACCAAAAAGGCGGCGCUGUGGAUGUGCGGCGAUUACCAGUUCACCGACAUUAGCCGUGCGAGUGGGUAUGUUCGUGCAAAGGUUGGAGCUACGUGGGUCUAUAGCGUCUACCUUGCCCCAAGCCUAUCCCUCUACGAGUUUGCAGGUAUCCUCGAUAACCUUGCGGCGGAUGUCAGAGGUCGACACCCAGUGGCUAUUGGAGGCGACUUCAACGCAUGGGCUGAGGAGGAGCACACCUUCUCUAGAGCAGGAGUCGGUUCGGUAGUUGAUCUCACCCUGGUCAGCAGCUCGCUCUACAAUCUAAAUAGCUGGAGCAUCAGCAGCGCAUACACGGCGAGCGAUCAUGUGGCAAUCAUAUGCCAUAUCGGACAGCGGAGAGGUAGCACAGUACCGGCGGAGCCCAGAUGGAAAUGCUACCGCGCCGACAGCAUGAACACGGCGCUGUUCGCAGAGCGGGCGGCGAACCUUACGGCGGGUGGAAAUGCGGAAUGUAUGGCAAACCACGUCAUGGAGGGCCUGGAGUCAGCAUGCGACGCCUCUAUGUCCAAGAGGAGGCAAUAUGGUCGCCACCACCGACCCGUGUUCUGGUGGAGCGAGAAUAUUGCCCAGCUACUCCGGGAAUGCAACCAUGCACGUCGACGUUGCCAGCGAUCACGCGGAAACCCUUUAGGCGGGCCACUGCAGGUGGCUUUUAGGGACUGCAGACGCGCGCUCAAGACGGCCAUAAAGGAGAGCAAGCGCAAGUGCUUCCUGGCGCUCUGCGACACUGCUGAGCACGACCCCUGGGGAAGGGCAUACCGAGCCCUGAUUCUCGCCCUCUCCUUGCGCCCAAAAAUUUUCGCUGCGCUGCUGAACCAGUGCCUUCGAGAAGGAGUCUUUCCUGAGAGGUGGAAGAAGCAGAAACUUGUGCUUAUUCCCAAGCCGGGCAAACCACCAGGACCAGCAUCGUCCUACAGGCCAAUCUGCCUGAUUGACACAGCAGGAAAGCUGCUCGAGAGGGUGUUGUGCUCCCGCUUAACACGUGCCAUUACGGAGGCGGGCGAUCUCUCACCGCACCAGUAUGGAUUCCGCAAGGCCAAAUCGACCAUCGACGCCAUAAACCGAGUGGUGGACAUAGCUUCCACCGCAAUCGCCGGCACGCGGUGGAAAGGGGGAGGGAAGGAGUACUGUCUGAUGGUCACGCUUGACAUCAGAAAUGCGUUCAACACAGCAAGGUGGAGCUGCAUUCUAAGGGCCCUCGAGAGCUUCAAUACCCCAGCUUAUCUGCUACGGAUGGUGCGUACUCCCUACUUCGAAGGGAGGCUGCUACUGUACGAUACGCAGACCGGUACAGAGCAAUACGAGGUGACUGGUGGCGUCCCCCAGGGUUCGGUGCUGGGCCCUCUAUUCUGGAAUGUGAUGUACGACGGCAUCUUGCGACUCAGGCUCCCCCGAGGAGUGCACGUGGUGGGCUUCGCAGACGACGUGGCCAUACUGGUGGUUGCGAAAGAGCUGACCCUGGCGGAGUCGACCUGCAACCAGACGAUUUUGCUCAUCCAGCAGUGCACUAUGGGGCAUUUGACCACUUUCUCUGGCCGAAACUCAUUUUUCAAAAGUCGGAAAAGUCAUAUUUUUUUAACCGGUAUACGUAGAAAUAACACCAGUCCGUAA